GGACAGUGGUGAAGAAGGUUUGACUUAGGCUGAAGCAGUGAGUGCAAAAAUUGGAAUGCCAUGUUGUGUUUUGUAUAAAACAUUAUCUGGGCUGUACUUGGAAUAUUGUGUGCAGAUUUGGUUGCUAUACCACAGGAAAAAUGUGAUUAACCUAAAGGGGGUGCAGAAAAGACUCACAAGGAUGUUGCCAGGAUUGGGGGGGCUUGAGUUGUAAGCCGAGAUUCGACGGAUUAUUUCUUCUAGAGCAAAGUAGGCUGAGUGGCAACAUAAAUAAAAUCAUGAGAGGCACUGGUAUGGUAGGUUGCCAGUGUGUGUUCCAAUGAUGAGGGGGUAUAAAACUAGAGGGCACAGAUUUAAGCUGAGAGGAAGGUUUAUAGAAAUCUGAGGUGUACUUUUUUCUCACAGUGGUUGGUAUCUGGAACAGAGUGCCAGAAGCAGUGGAAGCAGCAAUAUUGUAAGAGGCAUCUGGAAGCUAUAGGAAUGAACAAGGUAGAGAGGGAUGUGGAAUUAAUACAGGCAAGUGGGAUUAGUAUAGAUACACAUAGUCAUCAAUAUGACUUAUUGUUUAAAGUGCUUAUUUGGCUGUGAAGCACUAAGGGUUGCCCAAAAAUAAGGAAAAUUGUGCAUUAAAUCUCUCACUUAUCCUGUCCAAAUGCUCCUCUGUAAGCAAGAUAGGCUGAUUUGCUAUUCAGGCUGUAGAAAUUAUUCUAUAAUGACUUUGGUCAUCAAAUAUAACUGUGCAUUUGUAGAUUGGUUAUUUCAUAAAUGAAGAUUGAGAACCCCUCUAAUUCUACUUGCAUCCCCAUUCUAGCCCAGGAGCUAAUUGUAGAACUAAAUCUAGGAUUGGUAAGGAGGGUAAAGAUGUUGGAUUAAACUAUUUUACCUGUUUAGCUCAGAACUGGGUUAACUAAGUUAGGGAUUGGGAAGUCAGGUUUAAAGCAGUUGCUAACUAAGCAUAAGUUGACAAACAAAAACUUCUUGCCAUCUGAAAAUGAAAUAAACAUUAAAAAAAAGUUUCAGCUUUACAUCUUGUCCAUGUGGAAUUCGUUUUGAAGACACAAUGGAUUCCAAUUAAUUGGGAAACAUCGGGACCAGUACAUUUUGGUUCAAUUAAGUGGCUGCUCUAAUUAGCCGAAGUUUCAUGGAAAUCGUUAGAGGUAUAAAAAGACAAAUUAUUGUUUAACUGAGUAAUAGAUUAUGUAUUGAAAUGAAAUGCAGAACAUAUUAGAACACUAGCAGUACAACUACAGUACUAAAAAUGUAGUUUCUGAUAGUUAUUGACAGAGGAAUGCACUGUAUACUGCUGUGUUCUUUUGAUUGUAAAUGAACAAAAUCAGCACAGAUGCCUAGUGCAGGUAAUGGACUGCCUUCAUAUAAUUGUGUCCUCCAAAUCCCCAUUUUCAUUGUAACCUUCAAGAUCAUUGUUGAUAUGUUCAAACUCUUUGUAGUUUCGAACUUGUUGAAGUAGCCACUCCCAGCCAUUUCUAGCGUCUCCAAGCUUGAACACAUGAAGCCACAGUGAGCAAAACAGUUCUGAAUUGUCUUGCUGCUUACUUCUCAUCUAAGUGACAAAAAUCACUGCUUUUUGAACACAAAGGCGUGCAACUGAGGCUCUUUAAAAGCUGGUCACUCUAAGCAAGAUGUAGUGUUUAGCAGUCACGUGUGACUGGCGCUUGUUAGAAACCAGCAGCAGUCUCCUGUCUAAGUGGCCUGAUGUCUCAAAUAAGUGGCCGCCCUGAUUAAAUGAUGGUCCAAUUAACUGAAAUCCACUAUUUUGUUGGGUAAGGUGUUCUGACAUUUUCUUGGAAGUGGUAGAAUCCCAGGUUUAUUGCCUAUUGCCCAUUCUUUAAAUCAGGGGUUCGCAGCCUGGGAUCCACAGACUCCUUGGUUAAUGGUAGAGGUCCAUGGAAUAAAAAAGGUUGGCAACUCCUGCUUAGAUGCUUAAUGAUUAGAUGGAGUGGUGUGCGUGUGGCAAAAAUGAGCUUUCCUCAAGUCUUUCUUUUGAAUCCAGUUAUGUCUCAUCUACCUCCCAUACCUGUUCAGCAGGAAGAUUUUUUUUAACUGCUGAGUAAGGAAAUUACUCCUUGGUUAUAUAUGAUGAAGUGACCCCUUCUGCAGAGACUGCUUGACCCUACAGCCAAAGGAAACAGCAAGUAUCCUAUCAGCCCUCUCAGAAUCUUGUGUAUUUGAAUGAGAUCUCUUUAGACUUGUCUAAAUCUUGGUUAAUAUAGACCAAUCUUGUCUCUUCAUUGAUUCCUGAGACUUGUCCAAUCUGGUGAAUCUGCACAUGGUAAGUAUAUCUUUUGAGUCUGCAAACCAGAACUUCUCCCAAUGUUCCAGGUGUGGCCUUGCCAAUAUCUGUACAGCUACAGCAAGACUUUGGGCUUUAUAGGAAAGAAGAUCAGGGUACAGUGUGUCUUUUGUCUUCGUAAUUACAGCUUGUCCCUGUAUAUUAGCUUUGUGUUUCAUAAAUCAGGACAUCAAGAUUCAUUUGUAUGCCUUGUACUUCUGAGUUGUCGAUGUUCAAAGUACAUUCUUUUUCAAGAUUGACCAUCUGAAAAUGAGAUUUAACUGAACUGCUAUUCAUUAUUUUCAGAACUAUUUUGAACAUGGCACAUAAAUAUUUUAACAUGAAGAUUCUAACCCUUUUUUAAGUGAAAUUGAUUGAAAUGUAUUAAUCAUCACAGGAUUAUUGUAAUCCUCAAAUUAAUAAUCUCUUGUAUUUCACUAAAAUGUGGUAGUCAUUUCCACAAAGGCUGAUGUGAGGCACUGGAAAAUAAACUGAAAACUGGACCAGUUAAAAUAAUCACCUUGCUUUAGCACAGAUAAUUUCAAAGCCCCUGGAUUUUUUUAUGUAUUCAAUUUAAUACAGGCAUGUUAUUUUAGAUUUUACUUCCGUGUUGAACAAUUGAGACAAUCAAAAAGUAUCUGUACAGUGGAGUUAGAAGAGCUGCUGCUGCCUCUGCUGCAGUGACCUGGGUUUCAUCCUGACUUAAAGAUGGUGUCUGUGUGGAGUUUGCAUGUUCUGUGUCCAGGUGUUCUAGAUUCUUUCAACGUGCCAAAGUGUGGGUUGGUAGGUUGAUUAGCUGUUGUAAAAUUAAGUAGAAUCUGAGGGUUGUCAAGGGGGUGGUUGGAAAAUAAAAUGGAUUAAUGGAAAUGUGUGUUUGAUGCUUAGUCCAGGCACAGUAGGCUGAAGGUCCUGUUUCAGUGCUGUAUGACACUGCAGAAAAUGUUGGAUGCUGGAACUGUGAAGAAAAUGGAAGCAUGCAGCAGGUCAAGAAGCAUCCAAGUGCAAAGUUUUCCAGUUUUGACAGUUUUAAACCUGAAGUAUUAACUCUUUUUCUCUUUUCACAAAUGCCGUGCGACUUGCUGAGUUUUCUGGCAUUUUGUUUCAAAGAAUACACGUUUCCAAGAGAUAAUCCAUCUGUUGAUACCAAUUUUCUGAAGCCCACAUUGAAUGUUAAGAAUUUAUUUAUAAUGUUGAGAUACACUGAUAUGUUCUCUAAUGGUGGGAAAUCUUCAAAGAAAAUCUACCUUUUUUUUAAAAAAAAGCAGCUCCAUAUUUUUGACGAACAGUCUGGUAUUUGCUACCAUAGAUGUUAAAUCACCUAAAUAUUGGUUUGAAUUGCAUUCUACCAACGUACUGAUUGCUUUAUACAAUUUCUUGUCACUUAUGAUAGAAGUCAGACAUUUUGCUUGAUCCAACAAUCAUUAAAUUAAAAAUAACUCCAUGUAUGUAUUUAGUAAGUGAGGUGAAAGGCAGUUCUUUAUUACACUAACAUGUUAACUGCUUGCCAAUUGUAAAGCUAAUGUCCAAGACUGCUAUAAGUUAUUAGAAAGCUGGUAUGUAUUACCUUUUCCUCUAGGAAUGGGGCUCCCAAUCUUUAUUUAUUCCAUGGACUAAUGCCAUUAAGCAUGGAGUCCGUGGACCCUGGUUGGGAACUGCUACUCUAAGAAGAUGUCAUUGGCUUCCUCAGAUAGCGAUGAUGAACCCUCUUCUUUAGAGCGUUCUGUAAUACUUUCUAGCUGAGGGGUUCCCAACCUAGGAUCUGUGGACCCUUGGUUAAUGGUACGGGUCCAUGGGAUAAGAAAGGCUGGAAACCCCUGCUCUAGAUGAACGAAGUACUUGUGGCAGGAGCUGGUCAAGUUAAAUAUCACAUUGAGUGUGAAAAUCUAUUGGGCUAGAUGCAUUUAUCUGCUUGUAACUAAAUGAGAUGGUCCAUAGACCUAACUUCUGUAAUGACUCCAGAAAAUCAAUUUGACUUUGGAGAUACACUAAUACAUAAAUAGGCAGACAGUAGUGUAGGGAACAAGUAAAAUUGAACUUCAUUGUUGAAGCUGUAACCUAGCAGUCCUUGUUUUGUAAAGACUUUCUAUCGUGAGUGACCAGUGGUAUUUUUAGAAUUUAGUCCUUCUGGUGUGACAUCACCUUACAUUUAACCUCAUAGUCAGAUUUAUUACCACUGGCGUAUGUCAUGAAAUUUGUUUGCGGCAGUAGUACUUCCCAGACAUAAUAAAAAAAACCUAUAUUACAAUAAGGUUAAUUAAUUAAAUAAGUAGCUCAAAAAAGCAAAAUAAAAUAAUGAAAUAAUGUUCUCUGGUUCAAUGUCCAAUCAGAAAUCUGAUGGCAGAGGGGAAGAAGUUGUGUCUGAGUGUGCCUUCAGGUGCCUAUACCUCCUUCCUGUUGGUAAAAAUAAGAGGGCAUGUCCUAAGUGAUGGGGUCCUUAAUGGUAGAUGCUUAAUUAUUGAGGCUAUGCCUCUUGAAGGUAUCCUUGAUGUGGGAAGAGCUCAUGCCCAUGAUGCAGCUGGCAGAGAUUACAACUUUCUGCAGCUUUUUCCAGUCCAUAUAUUCAUUUAGCCAACUUGCAACUUUACAAAUAAAAGAUCUUAUGGGUUCAGAUAGGUCAAUUAAGAAAUGCAAAAAUACCUGUAUGCCAAGAGCUAUGGUAAUUACCAUCCUGAUGAGUUUUUAUUUAUUUAGUCAAACCUAUUAAGUUUUAUUAGUAAUGGCUCUUUUGUUUAAUUCAGUCUGGUCACGAAUUCCAUUCUGAACAUGGAUUUAAAAUAAUUAUUAGAGCAUUUCACUACCAGGUGUAUAUUUUUGGUGAAGCCUUUUUUCUAAGUAAUUAAUUCAGAAUUGCUCUCAUAAUAUUUUUUAAUUUUAUUACAGAUCUGCUGGUGAAAAGGCCCUUUCAGCCCUUUGAGCCAUACCGCCCAGCAACUCCCAUUAACCCCAAUUUAACCCUAACCUAAUCACAGGACAAUUUGCAAUGACCACUUAACCUACCCAGUAGGUCUUUGGGCCAUGGGAGAGAACUAGAGCACCCAGAGAAAACUCAUGCAUUCCACGGGAGGAUGUGCAGAGACUCCUCAUAGAGGAUGCCAGGAUUGAACUCCAAACUCCCAAUGUCUCGAGCUGUAAUAGUGUCAUGCAAGCGGUUACUUUACUGUGUUUUAUUAAUAGUGCUCUGACAUGUUUUAUUUUCUGAAAGAAAGUUUGUACAUUCUCCCUUGACUGUGUGAGAUUCCUCCGGGUGCUCUGGAUUCCUCCCACAAUCCAAAGAUGUACUAGUUAGUAGGUUAAUUGAUCACUGUAAAUUUUCCUGUGAUUAAGCUAGGGUUAAAUAGGUAGGUUGCUGAGCAGUGUGGCUCGUUUGGCCGGAAGGAUCUGUUCCACGCUGUAUCUCUAUAUAAAAUAAAUCAAAAUUGCACCUUAGUGUUAUGAGAAAUUGCUGCAAGAUCAAGAAGUAUGUGCCUACAGUAAAGUCAAAUAUUCUGUAAAGAUGAGUCUUCAACUUGUACUAUAAUCUUAAACUAAAGAACAUGCUGUUAAUCAUAGUCCUCCACCCUGCCUGUUUUGUAUUGUAAGGGAAAUGAGGCAAUUUAUUUGUUCCUUUUUGUGAUUGACUUUUCUGUUCAUCAAAAAAUGAAGUCAUAGGAUUUUAUCACGGACAAUCAAUGACACAUCCAGUCAAAUAUGACGCAGGUGAAAUGGAAUUAAGAUCUUCAUAUUAAUCAUCAGAAUUAAGUGAUGAAAGUAACUUUAUGAAGAUCCUUUAAAUCAGUGAAAGUAAAAUUGUUAACCUGACUUCCUGAUACUGAACUUUUAAAAUAUAUAUCGAGUGAAGGAUCGUGUCAUCAGUUAAGUGUCUUUCCCUGUCUAAUAAAUUGUUAUUGGGUAUUAGAAUUCAUGCAGAAAUAAUUCUAUUAGGAAUAUCCAUAAGGGUGAAAUUUUGGUAGCAGUGCAUUUUUUUUAAAGCAAAGCUUUUACUAAGUAAUAUUUUAUUAAAGUAACUAUUUCACUGUAGCGCUUGAUUUUGCCAUCUCAAACCUUAGAGUAACUGGAGUACUGUCUGAUUUUUACAAAACAAGGAUAAUUGGCUUGUCCCUGGUCCAGUAGACAUUUCAAAAUUUCUUAAAUGGGUGAAUAAAUUUUAAUGGGAAACUAAGAUUUACAGCAAGUUUUAAUCUGAUCCCAUAUACCUCAUCAUGCUGAAUAUUCUUUUUCCAUUAAGGUUAAUGUACAUGAAGAAGGUGGAAUAAUGGAAGAUAAUCAAGAUAAUGACUAUACACACAAGUAUUACAGAUCAGUCAAAUAAAUUUGAAGCUGAAAUGAGAGCGAAGAAUGGUCAGAUAGAAGAGCAUGCAUGGUGUAAGGCAUUAAGUGGUUUGGAAGGUGAAGAAUUCUCGGUGUAAGAAAACUGAAAAAUGAAGAAUGAAGAAAAGAAAAAGUAAAAACGAGUGAAGUAAAUUUAAAAGAAGGUGUCUGGAGGAAAGAUACCUAGGCCAAGAUGGGAGGUCGAUGUCGAGAUCACGGAGUAGGACACCAGCUAAACUGAACAAGUCGAAAAGCCGAUCUGCUUCCCGUUCAUUGUCAAGGGCGUCAAACUUAUCAAGAUCUCGGACAUCAUUCUCACGAUCUCGAUCACGUUCCAAGUCACGGUCACAUUCCCGUCGUCAUCGCCGUCGCUCAAAGUAUUAUUCACGAUCGAGAUCUCACACUAGGUCAUAUAGGAGAAGAUCCAGGAGCCGAUCUUACUCACCUGUCUACAGGCGUAGAAGAAGCAGCAGCCAUUCUCCCAUAUCCAGCAGGCGACGUCACAUUGGAAGCAGGACCAACCCAAAUCCUAAUAAUUGUCUGGGAGUGUUUGGCCUGAGCCUGUACACCACUGACCGGGAACUACGUGAAGUGUUUUCUCGCUAUGGACCUCUCGCAGGGAUCAAUGUGGUUUAUGACCAGCGAACAGGAAGAUCAAGAGGAUUUGCAUUUGUCUACUUUGAGAAUGUUGAAGACUCUAAAGAAGCAAAAGAACGAGCUAAUGGGAUGGAACUCGAUGGCCGGCGCAUUAGAGUAGAUUAUUCCAUUACAAAACGACCCCACACUCCAACUCCAGGAAUCUACAUGGGCAGACCAACAACUGUUCGUUCCUCUCAUUACCAUGACCCUUACAGUGAUAGAUACGCCGAUCGGGAUUUCACCUACAGACGAAGAUCACCUUCACCCUGUUAUAGCAGAUACAGAUCUCGAUCUCGUUCUUAUACCCCACGUCGAUACUGAUCAUACGCACCAAGUACUUCCUGCCAGUUUAAAUGGAUGGAAAGUUUUUCACCCUACAGGGAUUUUUUAAAAACUAAGUUGGGAGUUAGGCAUUGCAAUACUUUUAUUUUAAAGUAAAAGCUUUUUUAAUUAUAUUAAGCAAAAGCCCUAUAAUCAAGUCUUUCAUUUAGAGACGUUUUCUGGUGUUUCACUAAGUGGUAUUGCAUAUAUAUUGCGAGAGGAUGUAUGUCUUUUUAAUGGGAUUUGACACACUGUGUUGCAUUAAAUUGUUAUUGCAGAAAUAUUUCUGGUAAAAACAUGUUCCCAAACUAUAUUUGGAUAUAAGCACAGUGUCUUGACUUUUUGUGCGCAAUGCUUUGAUUCUGCAGUACUUUAUAAGAAAAGAUUCAUUUAUAAAGUUACUUAUUGGGAAAUGGCGACAUGCAAUAAAUGUCUUGGACACGG